CGAACCAGACGGUUAGACAGAAAUCCCCCACUGAGAGACUCGGUGCUCGUCCGGAGGAGCGUGUCUGGUUUUUUUUGUAAAUUGUGAUGGUGUGACAUCGGCCUUGAGGUAAAGAAACAUGGCCUCCAGCGGAACCUUCUGCCUUACUCUGACUGUCCUCUGCAUCACUGCAGCGAUUGCACAGACAUCUUUUGUAACAGUCGAAUGCAACGCUCAAACAUUGGGAGAGCACGGCCAUCAGUCACUCCUGGAGUGUUUUGUAAAAACCACAAAAGAAGGAGCAGAUGCAAAAAUCUUGGUUGUGACGUGGACCAAAGAAGGAGUUGAGAAACCCUUGCUGGUUUUUCACCAAGGGGAUGUGGACGCGCAGAAAGGCUAUAGAUUUGCUGAGCCGGCCUGGGAUGAGAACAACAGGAACACAUCUCUGCUCAUCACCAACACUGCAGUGACAGACGAUGGAGUUUAUUCAUGCAUGGUGAUCACAGACAGCGGCGAUGACGAGGCCCAUACCAGCCUCACAGUCAAAGCCACAUACAAAGCACCAACUGUACUCCACUCCAUCCCUGAGAAAAAAAUCCCAAAUCAAGUCGGUGAACUGGUUUGUAUCACUGAUGGUGGCUACCCAAAAGGUCAGCUUCGCUGGUUUGACCAAGAUGGUGGGGAAUGGACAAGGAGCGCAGCAAUGAAUGCGACAAAGUCGGGCAGUGGCCUGUUUCGGCUCUCGAGCACGUUCCCUUUGCUGCAAGGAUCCAUUUUCUCCAAGUAUACCUGUAUGGUGUUCAAUGCCAGUGGAGGCAAAGAGGGUUCAACCACAUUUGAAAUGCCACCGCCAUCACCUGCAGAACUGGGAGGCAGCGGAGGGUUGACUCUCCCCUCCAAAGUUGUCGCUCCUGUGGUGGUCAUUGGUUCACUGAUCGUCGGAUUGCUGUUGGUGUUGGUCUACAGAAGGCGAUCUCAAAACGCCCGGAGGCCCUCUGCUGUCCCCCUUAUGGACGACCAUCAGCGGGUCCCUGCGAGACAAUCUGAUGUUGAGGAAGGUUGUCUUGACGACAUGAUGCCUGAAACAGUCCAGCCCUGAGGAGAAGCCACACGUCACAUGAAUACAGUAAUUUACCAGCAGCCUCUGAAAUUAACACUUCCUUGUUUGCUAAACUCCACUCUGCCAUUGUACUUUUCCUUUCGCAAACAACCGUGUGUAACCAGGAAUGACUUGUAUUACUGUGAUUUAUCAGAGGAGCUACGAGCUCGCCGUUCACCCGAGCUCAAUCGGUAAUCAUUCCUAAAUCAGGUGUAAAUCUAGAGAUGAAGAAGAAAACAAACCAGCUGAUCAUGGCUGAAUCAAGCCGAGAUCAGCUAGAAGCCAUCGGAUCAUCUUCUGGCCUUUCAUCAGCCAUGUCAGGAACAUCUUCAAGGACCACGGUGAUAGUGAUUUAAGAUUCUGGCACUGAAUCUCUGAUAUAUGUUGGAGGAAAUGUGUGUGUAGUCAGCCUGGCGUAGGUCCAACCCACGCAGUAAGUGUAGCUCGUAGCACUCGAACAGGAGUGGCCCGUCUUCUCACUUCCUUGUCUUGUGUCGUGUUACAAGGAAGACACUGAAUCAUGUUUUUGGGAAGGAGGCAAAUAGUGUGUGUGUGUGUGUGUGUGUGUGUGUACACAGUGGUGAAAUGUAACUGAUGCAUCUAUGUUGUGAUUUUGCAGUUUUUUGUUGUUUUUUUAAAAAAAAAAAAUCUUUUAACUGUUGCGUGUAAAUUGCUAAUUUGCAAAUUUUGUUCAGCUGCUUCAAGAUUUUUCUUACUGUCAGCAAAUCUGAUCAAUAGACCCAAAGCAAGGUGC